UUAUAUUUACAAUUUUCUAGGCGAACUAGAUACAAAUUAUGGCCCCUUCCUUCGCAAUCGUGAUAAUAUUCAUGGUCAUUUUAAGACCAGCCAGACAAUUAAAUCGAGGUUCUGUGGUAACAAAUGGCUAUGGAUGUUCUGAAAUUGGUGGAUCCAUCAUACAGAAAGGAGGCAAUGCCGUCGAUGCCGCAAUAGCCGCUUUAUUUUGCGAGGGAGUUUCUAUGCCAGAAUGUAUGGGACUUGGAGGUGGUUUUUUGUUAACCCUUUACAAUAAAAGUACACAAGAGGUAUGGACACUGAAUGCUAGGGAAGCUGCACCAGGAAAAGCAUCUUGGAAUAUGUAUAUCAAAGAACCUGACUCGUCAAAAUGGGGAGGAAAAGCAGUUGCAGUUCCUGGUGAACUGCGUGGAUAUUGGCACCUCUACCAGAAAUUUGGUGGGGGAGUUCCAUGGAAAGAAUUGGUACAACCAACAAUUGAUAUAUGUAAAAGAGGAGUUUACGUAACAAAAUUUCUAGAAGGAGUGUAUAAAAAGAAAAAAGAUUAUUUAUAUAAUGACUCCGUUUUGAGGGACAUUUAUAUCAACCCGGAAACAAAUGACACCUACAAAGAAGGACAAUUCGUGAAAUUAGUGAAACUUGCAAAAACUCUAGAAGUUAUAGCCGAAGAAGGUGGAGAUGCUCUCAAUAAUGGUUCCUUAACCGUGAAAUUCGUUCAAGACAUACAAAACAAUGGUGGCAUAAUAACAAUAGACGAUAUGCAGAAUUACCAACCUCAAUGGCAGAAACCAGUGACUGUACCGCUCAAAAAUANGAUCGUUGAGGCGCGAAAGAGCCACAAACAUAUUCAAAGUGGAAGGUUUGGAGCUGGUUUUGCAUCGAACAGUACCGGCAUAAUUUUGAAUAACGAAAUGCGCGAUUUUUCGUCACCAAAUAUAACAAAUGGAAAUGGAUUUGCUUCAUCCCCAGCAAAUUUUGUGGCUCCUGGUAAACGAUCCAUGUCUGCCAUGUGUCCUUCAAUAGUCCUAGAUCAUAACAAGGAGGUCCUAUUAGUUAUUGGCGGAGCUGGUGGACCAAAAAUUACGACGUCAGUGGCAGUGGUCAUAAUGAGACAUCUUUGGUUCGGGAUGGAUCUGAAACAUGCAAUAGAUGAGAAAAGGUUGCAUCACCAACUCUUUCCAAUGGAAAUUAUCUACGAUACUGCUUACCAAACAUCGGGAAUGGACAUUGUUCAGGGAUUAGCUUCAAUCGGACAUAAUUACUCUUUCAAAGAUGAUAAUGGUUUUGCAGCAAUUACAGCCAUUUCUAGAUCAUCCGAAUCUGGUGAAGUCGUUGGCUGCAGUGACAUGAGGAGGCCGGGAUAUACAACAUAUCUUGGUUAAUAAUUAUUGGUAGCUCGUUUUUUGUAAAAUUAUCAGCACAUUUACAUCAAAAUAUUACGAAUACAUCAAUCUAUUAUAGAUUGGGUCGAUUAUAAUAAAUGUAAUUUAGGAAUA